AAGUGUACCUUCCGGGAUCGUGCCUAUUUCCGGAAGGUUUCCUGAGCAUCCAAAACAACCACUUAAGAGUAGAGUCGCGGCAGUGUACCUGCAGGUAGGUCAGGACUGUCCUGCUUGUACUGACUCUGGGAGCGCUCCCUUGUUCAUUGGACACUUGUCAGGAAAAGAGAUUUUUCUCAGAAAUUGAAAGUAUCUACCUUAGAAGCUAUUUUCUGCUUUGGCCCUCUUUUUUGCUCCAGUUAGGUUUCCCAUCCUUUGUUACCUCAGUAUCUGAAAUAAUCAGAGAAUAUUCUGUAUAUUCUGUAGCCUGCACUGGAUAGCAGUGAGCCUCAAGUUCGUUUAGGUCGUCUCUACCUGUUCAGCUUCAGUGAGGACGACACAGCUAAACCUCUGCUUGAGGUCCAAAGAAGGGAUUCUUCUGCUGUCCUGGACAUGAAAUGGUGCCAUAUCCCAGUCUCUGGCCAUGUGCUUUUAGGCUUGGCAAAUGCCAGUGGAUCUGUAGGGCUGCUCCGCCUGAUGGAAUGUGAGUAGAAGAGCAGUUUUACUCUGCAGCCAGUAUCCAGCCUCACCCUGGAUGAGAGUAGUCUGUCCUUGUCACUGGAUUGGUCCACUGGGAAAUCUGUCAGGGCCAGAGAACAGCCCUUGAAGAUCAUUAGCAGUGAUUCUAAGGGGCAGUUGCACCUCCUGAUGGUGAAUGAGGGCACAGCUGAACUACAGCUAGUGGCAUCUUGGCCAGCCCAUCACUUUGAGGCCUGGAUUGCUGCUUUCAAUUACUGGCAGACAGAACUCGUGUAUUCAGGGGGAGAUGACUGCCUUCUGAGAGGCUGGGAUACUAGGAUGCUGGGCACACCUGUCUUCACUAGCAAAAGACACUCCAUGGGUGUGUGCAGUAUCCAGAGCAGCCCCCAUCAGGAGCAUAUACUGGCGACUGGGAGCUAUGAUGAGCAUGUUCUGCUGUGGGACACUCGAAACAUAAGACAGCCAUUGGCCGAUGUACCAGUGCAAGGAGGUGUGUGGAGGCUCAGGUGGCACCCAGUUCACCACCAUCUACUCCUGGCGGCCUGCAUGCACAAUGGCUUCAAGAUUCUCAACUGCCAGAAGGCCAUUGAGGAGAAGCAGGACAUAACUGUUUUAACAUCCCACAAAAUGCCUAACUCAUUAGUGUAUGGGGCUGACUGGUCCUGGCUUUUCUAUUCCAUGAAGCCCAAUCCUACCUGGUCCUUUGAUCAGAAUGACAUGGGAGUCAAAGCAGCAGACCACUCUAGCCUAAAGGUCACAAAGGAGCCACCAAUACAUUCUCAGGAGCAAACCGUGGAUCACCAAGUGGAAGACCCCGCUAGAGCUCACACCAGAGCUGAAUUGAAGGCUUCUCUCCUUCCAUUAGCAGAGGACAUGAAAAACAGCAAAGACUCCUCCUCAUCCUCAGUCAAGACGCAUGAUCUUAGCCACUGCUCUAGCGGACGGAACUGUGACAAUAGCCUCCUGGCCACCUGCUCCUUUUAUGACCAUGUUCUCCAUCUUUGGAAGUGGGAGACGAAGCAAGCUUGCACUCUUUGCAGUGACACUGGAUGUGAUUUGGGGAGUGCCGACCAUUGAGAACGGACUCUGAUGCUGUUUUGGCAGUGAAUGGGAUUUUCCAGCUCUACAACUAAGUGUCCUGGGUAUAUUUUGACUUUCAGCUCUUCAUUUGUAUUAAGUCCCUGCUUAUAUUAAUUAAAUAACUUCUAUUUUUUUUAAUUUUUAAAAAUCUGUAAUUAUGUGUAUGCAUCUGUCUGUG